AAAAGUUUCUAAAAAUGCUUCAACAAACCCUUUGGCUUUCAUGCUUCAUCUUCCUUCUCUUCUCCCACCUGUCAUCAUCCGCCACAGACUCCUUCAUCUAUGGCGGAUGUUCCCAACCACGGUUCACCCCUGGUUCUCCUUACGAGUCGAAUGUUGACUCCAUACUCACCUCCUUAGUCAACUCUGCGUCUUUCUCUAGCUUCAACAACUUCAAGAUCUCCGUUCCCGGAUCCACUCAGUCUGACAUUGUCUACGGCCUGUUUCAGUGCCGUGGUGACCUCAGCACCUCUGACUGUAGAGACUGUGUGGCCCACUCCGUGAGUCGACUUGGGAUCAUUUGCCCUGAUGCGACCGGUGGAGCCAUGCAGCUAGAUGGGUGUUUUGUGAAAUACGACAGUGCACCGUUCUUGGGGGUUGAGGACAAGACAGAGGUGUUCAAGAAGUGUGGGCCGUCGAUUGGUUACAACUCAGAUGUUUUGACUCGUCGAGAUGCGGUGUUGGCGUAUAUGACGUCGGGGAACGGACAGUAUUUUCGGGUGGGUGGGUCUGGCAGCGUGCAAGGUGUGGCACAAUGCAUACAAGACUUGAGUCUGAGCGAGUGUCAAGAUUGUGUUGCAGAGGCAGGUGGACGAUUGAAAUCAGAGUGUGGGGCUUCGGCUUGGGGAGAUAUGUACUUGGGGAAGUGCUAUGUGCGAUACUCCGAGCGUGGGUUCCACUCGAGAAGCGAUGACGACAACGGGGAUGUGGAUAAAACAUUGGCGAUAAUCAUUGGAAUCAUAGCUGGUGUGGCGGUAAUCAUUGUUUUUCUAUCGUUCUUAACCAGACUUUGUGAUCGAAAAGAUGGCAAGUAAAAGGCUACGAUCAAUGAACAUCAUAUUCCCCUUAUCAAGAACAUUAUUGAAGCUAUGGUAUCAUCAAGAUCAAGUUGCUUUGUGUUUCCCAUCUUUCUUUUAUGAGGUUCUUUCAUGGUGGACUAUGUGAUAUAAAGAUACACAUUGAAGCAAGUGAAAGGAGAGUUGAAAUAAGAACAAAGUGAAAAGACCCUUGUGU